AUGGUUAAAAAGAAAUUGAACAGGCUUGGUUUCUUUGAACUGUAUUUUGUAGAUCCUCAGGGUCUUUCAAGGGGCUUGUGUUUUGCAUGGAAGGAGGAGCUAAAUGUCUCUGUUAUAAAUGCUGAAAACUUUUUCCUUCAUUGUAGAAUUGCUAAUUUGCAGCUUAAUAUUGAAUGGGAUAUUAUUUUCCUUUAUGCUAGUUGUGAUGAUGUUUUACGGGAAAAUCAGUUUAAUCUUCUUCUAAAUUACAAAGCUAAUGUUGUUGAUUCUUGUAUUAUUGCUGGAGACUUCAAUUCAGUAUUUUCUAUUCAAGAGAAAUAUGGAGGACAUGAUGUUGCUCAAGCUAAAAUCAGAAUCUUUCAUAAUUUCAUAAACCAAUGGGGUUUAAUUGACAUGGGUUUCAUAGGGGCGCCAACUACUUGGAAUAACAUAAGAGAGGGAUUGGCAAACAUCAGAGAAAGACUAGAUCGCAGCUUAGCAACUAGUCCCUGGCUACUUCAUUUUUCUAUGGCUAUGGUGAUGCAUUUAGAAGAUCGAGGAUCUAACCACAGGCCUAUUCUCAUUUGCACUACCCCUUCCUAA